CCAGCUUCACACACAACAUUGUUACUUUUUCAACAGCAGCAUAUAUUUGCAUUUAUAUAAUCACUUUUACAAUCUAGCAGCAAUCCAAUUAACAAUUAGAUCCUCAUUACAUCUCUCUUCCAUUACAGGUUGCCAGCUGUAAACUACACCGCCACUAUGAAGCACCUCAUUCUAGUCGGCGCAUGCUACCUCGACACCAUUCUCACUGUCCCUCACUACCCCGAAGAAGACGCCAAACUCCGCGCUACAAAUCUCAGCGUCCGCCGCGGCGGCAACUGUCCCAACAGUCUUCAAGUCCUUCUAGACCUCAUCCCUGCCGCCGAUACCAAUACAAAGCUCCAUCUCGUCUCCUGUCUACCCCGAAAAGAUAGCCUCGCCAGCCAGCGUAUCCUCUCGUCCUUUGGUAACAACUCAUCCCGGUUACACUUUGGCCACUGUAUAUACCGCGAGGACUAUGAGGAGGCAGCGAGCAGCUAUAUUAUCCGCAGCGACCAAACAGGUAGCAGAACGCUCGUCAAUUACAAUAAUUUACCGGAAAUUACAGUAGAUGAGUUUUCCCAGAUUGCGAGUAGCUUUAGUCCUGACGACCAAACCUGGUGGCACUUUGAGGGCCGUAUACCGGAAACCACGCUCGAGUGUAUACGUCUGCUUAGAGGAAAGCUUCCAAACACAACUAUCAGUGUAGAGGUGGAAAAGCCUGGCCGUGAAGGCCUGGUACAACUAGCAGCGAGUGCUGAUGUCGUCUUUUACUCGCGAACAUGGGCCGAGCAUCGCGGAUACAAAUCUGCCGAGCAGUGCCUACAAACUGAAAAGCCGAAACGAGGUUUCUGCCCUUGGGGCGCGCUGGGAGCAGGUGCAGUCACCCACGACGCAAAGUACACAUUUGCACCAGUCCCAAAUGAACCCAUUACCGUGAUAGAGUAAGCAUAUCCUUACUAGAUACCCACCAUAUCAGCUUGUCGGCAUUGCUAACGCAACGCAGCGCUGUCGGAGCCGGAGACACCUUCAUUGCCGGCAUCCUGUACAACGUCGCUGUCAACGAUAGCAAAAACCAGGAUAUAUCACAGGCGCUCCAGUAUGCCGUCACUCUCGCCACGCUCAAGGUCCAGCGCGAGGGCUUUGACGGUCUAGGCUCCGCCAUGAACAAAUGAGCCUAUCCGAGACGGCCCCUCGCGAGCCAAGCAUCACAUCGCCUUACAUGCCAAUUUGCAAGCAAGUAGCAGAAUAAGCAGAAGCAGAUAGAGUGGCACAGGUUGUACAAACAAGUCACUGUCUGUCAGCCAGUCACUUGGACCUUAUCCCGUUUACGCCACUUCUCCAACACCAGAGACACCUCCUCCAACUCUCGCAUGUCUCACCAAACACCCCCAUCUCAGAUCCCUCCCACACCCACGCAGGCCAGAAAUGAGGCGGCGCGGCGAACAAGAGGAAAAAGGAAAACGGCUCGCUGGGUGUGCCCAACUGCGACAUGCAGGACAUUGUGCAUACCGAACUCGCCCUUUCCCGCGACAAGGCCCUCGCCCCGAGACAGCCUGUAGAAACCCCGGCUCUUCCCCUCCUCAAACAAACGGGCGGCUUGAUCAUUACCCUUUUUUUUCCUUUUUGAACCACCGUAUCUCCCCCCCAUGGCCUGCUAGGAAUUCUCAUGCCCAUGUUACUCCAAAAAAGAAACAUGGAGAACACUAGCUUCGCCGAUCGGGUUACGGUGCGACAUUGACUGUGAGCUGCAGCCUGUUUGCUGUAAGGUCGCCGAGCACUACUCUAUGUACUUUAUCAACAAAGCCAUGUAUGUCCUUUUGCUUCACGCAUGGCAUGCAUGGGCUAUGACAGCAUACCACUUAUGUUUUGAGCCGUGGUUGUACAUGCGAUUUGAUAGUUGUAGUAGUUGCUCCCCAUCUCAGCACGGCAUCUCUUUAUGCCGGGACACGCAAGUUUGAAUAUCCUUGGCUCUUCUAGUAAUCCACCCCCCAGCUUGUACGUCCAAUAUAGCCUUUUCGUCGCCCCUUACCAAAGGACUCUGGAACUAGAACAGGCCGUAGUAACUGCAGGUAGUAUUUGCUGUCUUUGCGCGUCAGACGCCGGCGCACGUUGCGUCGCUGCAACUACCCGGUCUAAUCGUGAAUGGAGGAUUUGCUUUUUCACCAUCCCGUAUCUAAUUACAACUGUCGAGCGGUGAAAUGUCCCAGUUGGCAGCGGGCCAACCGCCAUCCAUCAAGAAAGAAGAAAAAAGGCAACUUUGCCUGCAAGCCCGCUCGGCCUCGCUUGCUCGCUGCUCUUAGUUAGUCUGCGUG